UCUACAUUCCGCGACGGGCGACUUCUCCAAAGCAUCAACCCAACAAUUUUACUCCCCUCCCUCCAACCGCCACCCUCCACCCUCCAACCCGACCAUCCUCAACGCCAACGAUUUUGCAUCCCCCUCCCACUCUGCAUCUUCGUCCCAAUGGCGGCCCCUGGAGCGACGCAUUUGGGCGUUACCCAGCCGCUUUCCUGCGCUCUACCAACAGAGGCCGAAAUCGAAGCCAACAACACCUUGAUCGAGGAAUUGAGACGGCAAGGCAAUUAUGAAAGUGCUUCCGACUCAGAAAAACGGUACGCGAUUCCGAUUCUUAGGGUUGCGACGUCGCCUCUCGCUCUGGCCGGGCAAUGUUCAAAUAUAAUGCUGCGCAGCGCAUCAUGAACAAAGCUAAUGCUGCCCAUCAGAAACGUCGUCCUCAAAUCCCUCCAAGCCAUCACCGAAGAGUUUGUCAAACAAGUCUUGCGCUCAAAUUUCAAUUAUCCCGAUGCAGUGGUUAAUUCUGCUGGCGGUAGAAUCUUUACCUAUGGCAGUUACCGACUGGGAGUUUAUGGCCCAGGCUCGGAUAUCGAUACACUUGUUGUCGUACCCAAGGAGGUUACGCUGGACGAUUUCUUCGAGCGCUUCCCAGACCUUCUCGAGAAGAUGGCCCCCAAGGGCGCAAUCACGGAACUUACCCCAGUACCCGAUUCAUUCGUGCCAAUUAUCAAAUUUGAGUAUUCCGGAAUCAGCAUUGAUUUGAUCUUUUGCUCCGUUCAACUGAAACAAGUUCCAAAAGAUCUGUCGUUGCUAGGUAUGGAUAUGCUUCGUGGGCUCAAUGAGAAGGAGAUUCGAUGUCUGAAUGGUACGAGAGUCACGGAUGAGAUAUUGACUUUAGUUCCCCAGCCUGCCGUAUUUCGCACGGCCCUUCGGGCUAUCAAGCUCUGGGCCCAACGUCGAGCGAUCUAUGCCAAUAUCAUGGGGUUUCCAGGAGGCGUUGCUUGGGCUAUGAUGGUGGCUCGAACUUGCCAGCUCUAUCCCAAGGCCACUGGCUCGACUUUGGUACUAAAGUUCUUUCGCAUCAUGGAUAACUGGACCUGGCCAAUGCCAGUACUGCUAAAGCCUAUUGAAAGCGGGCCCUUUUCAAACAUCAGAACGUGGAAUCCAAAGGUAAUUUGCGCUUCAGAGCCUUUCCAGACUAUCCUAACAGCUCAGAUAUACCACAGUGACCGCAUGCACCUUAUGCCAAUCAUCACCCCUGCUUAUCCCUCAAUGUGCGCUACACAUAAUAUUACACGAUCUACUAUGGAAGUUAUCAAGAAGGAAUUAAAACGGGGUGGAGAUAUUACAGAUAGAAUCAUGUCUGGGAAAUCCACUUGGAAUGAGCUGUUUAUGAAAAACACAUUUUUUGUCAAUGGCUACAAGUACUACAUCACGGUCAUCGCAGCUAGUCCAACCGAGGAAGCACAACUUAUUUGGUCAGGAUUAGUGGAGUCAAAAGUGCGUCUUCUCGUAGGGUCCGCCGAAGAGAAUGAGGAUAUUGCUUUGGUUCACCCCUUCAAUAAGGGGUUUGAGAGAGUUGUCACAUGCCACAAUGAAGACGAAAUUGAGAAAGCAAAGAAUGGCAUUGAGAUUCCAAUUAGGGAAGUCCCAGUGGAAACCACUGAUCCUGCACAGCAUACCAACGGUGAUACCAGAGAAGAGAAUGGAACCACCGAGAAACCCACCAAGAUAUACACAUCGACAUGGUAUAUUGGGCUACAACUUCACGAAGGUAAGUCGCCCUUCUACUUUUCCCCCAUUUUGGCGACCCACUGCACUGAAAACAAGUCCUAGAAGCAUUGUGGCAACAGUUCAAUACGUAUCCCCAACGGUCAGUGGCUAAUAGGAAUAGGUACCAAACGACUUAAUAUCGCCGACAGUGUAGAGAAAUUCAAGAAGCUUUGUACCAGUUGGGAGAAAUACAACCAUGAUCUCAAUGCUCUCAACGUCUGCACAGUGAAGAAGUGAGUGGAGUAGGAUUCGCUGACGAUUAUCGCUGACAAUGGCAGUUGUGAUUUGCCCAGCGAUGUUUUCGCCGAGGGCGAAGUCAAACCGACCCGGCCACAGAAGAAGAGAAAGCGCGGGACGACGGAAGUAGGUGAAAGGCUAUCAAUCCCGGAGCAGCUUUUCCAAAUCGGAAAAUCCACGAGUGUAAUGACCAUGCUAACUAUGUAUAGGAUUCCAACCGACCCGCCAGAAGGCAAAACACUACUGCUACUGUGGCUGCGGCUAGUUAGUUUCUGUGGUGAAACGUUUUACGUUUUCCUUGGAGAUGGAUCGGAAUCUAACGAUAGGCAUUUCCAGCGUUUCUCGACAUUGUGCUAAUUUAAUCUAACCUCGAUAUCCCACGGCAAGGGGAGUCGUAGGCCAACAAAAAAAAAAUAAGCAAAAGCAAAAUCACUAAUUUCAUAGGGUAUAAUCGCCUUUCACACUAAAGAUUUGAGCUUAUUGCUUCUCAUUGCAAGGAUUUGGUAGACCGAAUCAGGCGUACUGGCACAGGCAAGGAGCUCUCGGGAGGAAAUUUGAGCUUCUGGCGUUGGUAGACAGAUAUUCGAGCCGCCAGAGGGCGGCUAAUGGUGGCAGCAAUAGCCAAAGGGGGUGAGGCCAUAGAUGACUUACAGGGCUUGUAUGUAACAAAACCAAUAAAAUUGAAUUGUGAGACUACGAGUCUCGAUUAGCAUAUUCUCUUCUCUCUUCAUACCUACUCUAUUGUAGGUGAUUUGAUGGAUUGCAUUGAGGACCUGUAUAUAUAUAUAUAUCUCUCUCUCUCUCUCUCUCUCGCUUCCCACUAAGCUGAGGAAAGCAUCGCGACGAACAUAUAUAUUCCACUUUUAGGAGCUUUAUUUGCUCUAGUUUGUUAAAUUACAUAACUAUUCUAAGGCAAUCUUAGAACGCCCCUUCCCAAUCGAAGUUUUUAUUGCUCAUUUACAUUUAAUUUGCUUUAUAUAUUUUGUGAUUAUGACAAGGUCGUAUGAAUUGAUGUCAGUUGGUCGGCCAUAAAUGGAUUACGUCAGAGGCAACAUCCACAUUUUGGGAAGCCGUGCCCAACUACCAACUCCAACAUCUGACAGGCUAGCUCUCUGGGGCGAAGUGACUGACACCACAACUAAUGUUAUCUUUGCUACUUCUGACUGUGUAGCGAUUCACUUGCAGGUCUAUCAUUCAUUGUUUUACCAAUAUCUUUGCUCCGGUGAUUUGCCCCUCAGCUCACCUGCAAUCAUUCGGCCCCUCGUGCAGGCGCAUACGCAUACGCGGGUAAACUCCAGUUGCUCUUGUUCAUUUGAGAUCAAUCCCAGCUUGCGAUCCCUUCUCUUCUCUCAUCAAACCACCAAAAGUGGCGGGCCCAAAUCCCUUUCGAAGAGCUCCUCAUCCACACCACCGCCAAAGCCUACUCCGUUACCUCUUCCCGCAUCCCCGACAAGUUCUUCGUGAUCGACUGGCACGAUUCCGCAACGAAACAGUCCCGCCGUACAAACUCCGAGCUCAGUCGCGAAUCUACAGAUAUAUUGUCAAGCGGCAGACACGAAACAAAGCAAAGCGGGCGGCGGGAAAUACGAUUCUUGAUAUUGUUCGAAGGUGGGGCCAAUUCUUGUUCCGUGAUAGCAAGCUUCAAAAGAAUGAGCGUGCGGCUUUGCGCCAGGUGACCAUGUCUGGUUCUGCUGUUGAUGGCGGGGGCUAUGGGGAAGGCAGGGUUCCCGGUGCCAGGAGGAAGAAGUUGGCCGGUUAUUUGAAGGCUGCGAAUGAUAUCAGGCAGUCAUAUACACAAUCUUACUCACAGAAAUGGAAUGGAGAUGAUCAGGAUGAGGAAGAUUCGAGGGGUAUUCCGGGUGCGUUUCCCGACGUUGCGAUUGUGUCGCAUGGGGAUGAGCAGCUUGUUCUUUUCCCUUCCUAUGCGAGGAGGCAUGUGAAAGAGACGCCGAAUCCGGAUUUUGUGAGGAGGAAUACCGGGGAUACGGAGAAUGAGCAGAAUGAUGAGGAGUAUUGGGCGAGGGAGUGGCAGAAGUUUGAGGAUGAUAGGGCAAUUGUGGAUGUGGAUGUGAGGGGAUGGAUAUACUCACCACAUCGGGGACCAAUGUCGAGGAAGAACAGGGUACUUAUUGGAUUAGCACGACAGUUGAGUGGAAUUCCAGCGCCCAAAACUCCGGACAGAGAUGGUAGCCCGGAUUCGAUUAGGGCUAGACAUAGAGAUCAUGAGGCUCGCAGAGAUCAGGAGAAGAUAUCACGCGAGGCCGAGCAGAUAUUGAAGAAAGGCCAGGGAGAGGAAAAGAAAGCUGCUCGUGGAGAGUAUAGCGAGAAACCCCAAGAUGACUCGGAUGAAAGUACCUAUGGUGACCGUAAAGGAUCUGCUUCGCGAACUCCUGAUGAUGCACCUGGUCCAGGCCAUCUUUCCUCACGGGCUUCUUGGAACCAUCCCUCGGAAAUGACCCAAGCUCAACUGGCGACGGCAAAUGGGCAUUUAAUGGCACGUUUACGACCUUUCAUGACAAAUCCUAUGGUAUCCACGCCCAUCACUGUCUUUUUCUAUGAUGAAAAAACGUCGGUUUCCAGAACCGUAACGACUAAUGAUGCUGGGCAUUUUAUUAUGAGAGCGCCUUUGGAAUUUAUUCCUACUCACGUACGGGUACUGGCCUCUGAACAUCUUUCUGCAACUGAAGAAGUCAAGAUCACCGAACCCAAGGGUGUCAGUUUGAUUAGUGACGUCGAUGAUACGAUUAAACAUUCUUCCAUCAGCAGUGGUGCACGAGAAAUUUUCCGAAAUACCUUUAUCCGUGAUCUUGGCGACUUGACGAUUGAUGGAGUUCGAGAAUGGUACAAUACCAUGUAUGAUAUGGGCGUGGGUAUACAUUACGUUUCCAAUUCUCCAUGGCAACUCUUCCCAGUUCUGGUUAGCUUCUUCCAGAAAUCUGGUCUUCCACCCGGAUCUUACCACUUGAAACAAUAUAGUGGUAUGCUUCAAGGUAUUUUUGAACCUGUUGCCGAGAGGAAGAAGGGAACUUUGGAGAAGAUUCUUAGAGAUUUUCCUGAGAGAAGAUUUGUCCUUGUAGGUGAUAGUGGCGAGGCAGACCUGGAAGUUUACACGGAUGUGGUUUUGGCCAAUCCCGGAAAGAUCAUUGCUGUUUUUAUUCGUGAUGUUACUACACCAGAGACAGAGGGUUUCUUUGACUCGGCAAUGGGACCACUGAGUGGUGAUCGUUUUCGAGGACGAAAUCCACCACCCAGAGCAAAUACUGGCGAUAGUCGGUGGACACCAACUACCACACCAGAUGCCCAGGAAGGCAGACCAGCACUUCCUAAAAGAGUUGGCACGGAAGUGAAGCCUCAAACGAGUUCUGGUCCAGCUAUGGGAACCUUGAUAGAUUUUGACGACAAACCGCAAGAAGCUGAUAUUCAUGAAUCCCAUCGACGUAUCGUACCCCGCUCUACCUCUGAUUUUGAAGGCACUCAAAACACUCAAAGAAAGCCGGCACCAGACCUAUCAGGAGGACGCGCUCCACCACCCCGUCCAUCAAAACCUCAAUCCCUACGUGGUGCUUCCAUGACAGCGCCUAGUACCGAGUUCUUAAUCGAAAAGGAUACGAAGAAAUCACCACCCGCACCACCUCCACCACGAAGGAGUAAACCACUGGCUGAGAAUCCCUCCCAUCCUCUUUCUAAAGCUCAGAGUUUCUCGGAUCUCGAGAGACAAUCGAGUAACGAUACCUCCAAUGAGGGCUAUGUAGCAGCAGCUAGGAACAAAGUCGCAAGCGCCUACAACGCCCUUCCCGAAGUCCGAUCCUACGUCCCAGGAUAUAACUCUGAAAACCGCUCCUCCUCAACCGCCUCCUCGGAACGCACGCCCGUUCCACCAUCCCGCUCCACAACCUCUUCCAUCGCCGCGGCGCCAAGUAACAUCACCAAGCGCAUGUCGUGGAAUAGUACCGACUCGGACUCUGACGAUUCUCGCCUUGGAGGGGGAGCGCCGCCGAACAAGAAACUGGAUCUCUGGCGACAGCGGUGGAGGCGUGCGAAGGAUAUCCUGGAUGAUAAGGGGGUGGUGCUGAGGAGUUGGAGGAGGGGUGAUGAUGUUUGUUUGGAGGCUGUGCAGCUUGUUGAGAAGACGAUGAGGGGCAUGGGUGUGGAGGGGUAUGGGGCGAAGCAGAGGGGGAAUGAGAAGACGGGGGAAGGGGGCGGAGAGGUGAAGGUUAAGGAUUUGAAGAAGUAG